UUCUCUGUCUCAGGAAGACUAAAACCUGUCGGUGAGCUAGACAGAAACACAGGAAGAGGAAGUUCUUACAAACAACUCAUCCUCAUUUUAGUCUGACACCCACACAGCCAGCAGAAAGACAACAUGGAGGUCAGAGUUGCUGAUAUCAAAGUCUUGAUUAAUGUGCUGUUGAUCUCAGUUACAGUAGCUGAAUUCAGUGACUCUCAAACACAUAAUUCAGGUUUUCCUGAAGUUGUUCCAAACAGACAGCAGUUCUUUGAAUUAGAAUCUAUCACAAUCAGCUGUGAAGGGCUACGUGGACUGACUGGAUGGAGAGUGAUGAAAAAGAUAAAUGGAGACCUUAGAACAUGUGCUCCAACCUGGGAUAGAGCUACUGGGCCUUGCAAUAUUAGUAAUGCAUAUCCGAAAACUGACAGUGGAGAAUACUGGUGUGAAAUGGGAAGAACACAAAGAAGCAACUCUGUCAAUAUCACUGUAACUGAUGGUCCUGUGAUCCUGGAGAGUCCUGCCUAUCCUUUGUUGGAGGGAGAUAAUGUGACCCUGCUCUGUAAAAAGAAGCAUGCACACCCCAAUUUCACUGCUGAAUUCUUUAAAAAUGGUGCCUCCAUUGGGAUUGGUUCAACAGGAAAGAUGAUGAACCGCAUUGUCUCCAAGUCUGAUGAAGGCUUCUACAAAUGUAGCAUUUCUAAGACUGAAGAAUCACCAGAGAGCUGGCUAGCUGUUGGAAGAGCUGAUGCUCCUCCUCAGGUGCUUCGCUUAGACCUCUACCUUGUGUUCGGCAUUGGUUUCUGUAUUUUAAUGGUGAUUAUUUUGGUCCUUCUGACUGGAGUAUUUCAACAUCAGAAACAUCAACAGACCACCAGACGUCACAUAGAAGAAACUUCUUUGACACCAAGGGCCAGCAUAACUAAUUCUACCCAGGCGAUGGGUAACCUCAUCACAAGAAGCAAAGUUGAUGAAAGGUAAUUUGCCUAACGUGAAAAUAUUGAAACUAUAACAUCUCUAGCUGUUUAAAAAGCUAGUGGAAGAAACAAUGUAAUCAUUAAAAAAGAAAAUAAAUGAUUUUUUUCAGCAGUCCAUCACUUUUCUGCUCCAGACAGAAAUUAUUGAUCAAGACUUAAAUUUAUCUGAUGUUUUUGUGAGCAUUUGUUAAAGUCUUGUCAUUAUUCAAUCAUUGUUACACUGUGUG